CAUGCAAUCGCCUUAUCCUACGCCCGGCGCCCCCGAGGCCGCCCCGAGGCCACAAGCACAAAGAAGUGAUCACGGCGCCACGACCCCCCGGCCGGCCGGCAGCACAUAAAUUGGGAGCACCACCGCCGGCUCAGUUUCGUCUGGCUGCCUUAGCAUCGGCGCCAUCCGGCAGCAGCUAGCUUAGAGCGCGACGACAUGGCCACCCACGCAGCUCUUGCCGCGUCGCGCAUCCCCACCAGCGCCCGGCUCAACAGCAGGGCCGCGUCCAGGCAGAGGGUGGACUUCGCCGACUUCUCCGGGCUCAGGCCGGGAUCAUGCUCCGUCAGCACCGCCGCCAGGGAGGCGUCCUUCUACGACGUGCUCGGCGCGCAGCUCGUCGCCAAGGCCACCGGAGAGAACGCCGUGAGGGCGCCUGCUGAGGCGAAGCUCAAGGUGGCGAUCAACGGGUUCGGCCGCAUCGGCCGGAACUUCCUCCGGUGUUGGCACGGCCGUGAGGACUCCCCGCUCGAUGUCGUCGUCGUCAACGACAGCGGAGGCGUCAGGAACGCAUCUCACCUCCUCAAGUACGACUCGAUGCUCGGCACCUUCAAGGCCGACGUCAAGAUCGUCGACGACACCACCAUCAGCGUUGACGGCAAGCCCAUCAAGGUCGUCUCCAGCAGGGACCCACUCAAGCUCCCAUGGGCUGAGAUGGGCAUUGACAUUGUCAUCGAGGGUACCGGAGUGUUCGUCGACGGCCCCGGCGCCGGGAAGCACAUCCAGGCCGGCGCGAAGAAGGUCAUCAUCACUGCUCCGGCGAAGGGCGCCGACAUCCCGACCUAUGUCGUCGGUGUCAACGAGGGCGACUACGACCACGGCGUGGCCGACAUUAUCAGCAAUGCUUCCUGCACGACCAACUGCCUCGCCCCAUUCGUCAAGGUCUUGGACGAAGAGUUCGGGAUUGUGAAGGGAACCAUGACGACGACACACUCAUACACCGGCGACCAGCGGCUGCUGGACGCGUCCCACCGCGACCUGAGGAGGGCCCGUGCGGCGGCCCUGAACAUCGUGCCGACGAGCACCGGCGCUGCCAAGGCCGUUGCCCUGGUGCUUCCCCAGCUGAAGGGCAAGCUGAACGGCAUCGCGCUCCGCGUGCCGACCCCGAACGUGUCCGUGGUGGACCUGGUGAUCAACACGGAGAAGAAGGGCAUGACGGCCGACGACGUUAACGCGGCGUUCCGCAAGGCCGCCGCCGGCCCGCUCAAGGGCGUGCUGCAGGUCUGCGACGAGCCGCUCGUGUCCGUCGACUUCAGGUGCUCCGACGUGUCCUCCUCCAUCGACUCCUCGCUCACCAUGGUCAUGGGCGACGACAUGGUCAAGGUCGUCGCCUGGUACGACAACGAGUGGGGCUACAGCCAACGCGUGGUUGAUUUGGCGCACCUGGUGGCGGCCAAGUGGCCGGGCGCGGCGGCGGCGGGCGGCAGCGGCGACCCUCUGGAGGACUUCUGCAAGGACAACCCCGAGACCGACGAGUGCAAGGUGUACGAGGCAUAAGGCCGGCCCCGUUCUUGUAGGCCAGGGGCCGUGUUCGGUUCAGAAAACUGAAACGAAACCACGUACUACGACGUACAUUACAUUAUUACGCUCGAUCAGGGUGAGAAGGGGCAGAACAACUUUGUCGUGCUUGGGUUCACUGCCCGGUGUUCUUCUUCCAUAGAGAAUAUACAGGGUUUGCCGAGAGAGACGAUGCAGCAGAAAUGGACCGAUUUUCUGUAAGGUGUAAUCCCUGAACUCGACCGUACAGGCUUCAGAUUACGUUUUCAGUUGGGACUAUUUUUCUUGUUUUCGUGGGGUGCGUUUGUGUUCAUCAUGAUGACUUGAUCUAUAAAGAUAUCGUGUCACCAUCA